GCACUACUCCGCCCCUCCACUGCUGCAUAGAUAACGUUUGCACAUUUUCCGAGGAAAAUUAACUGCUCUUUAACCGACUACUUCAUCGUGUGCACUUGUGUGAAGUGUUGGAUUAUUGGCUGUUUAAACUCUUCGUAAUGAGACGGACUUGAAAUCACAUCAUACAGUGUGGAUGCACGUUUUUCUUCAGUAUGGGAGACAAAGGAUUUCCAGCGCUGCGUCUGAUCCUCUGCUUUGUUUCCUUUAUUGUAACGCUGCACCUCGUUCGUGGAGAUCUGAGUUAUUCUUUUCCUGAAGAGAUGAAACCACAAUCUGUUAUUGGAAAUAUCCCCAAAGAUCUCGAUUUAGAUCUGAGGACCUUGUCAUCCCGAAAGGCCCGUGUUGAUUCUGAGGGGACUCGUAAGCGCUACUGUGACAUAAAUCUGAGCACCGGAGAUUUGAUCACAUCGGAGAGAAUUGACAGAGAGAGUCUUUGUGGCAAGAAACCGUCUUGUGUUGUGAAAGUAGAUCUAAUUCUAGAAAACCCUUUGGAGCUUCAUCGUGUCAGUCUUCAUGUUCAAGAUGUGAACGACAACUCUCCGAAAUUCAGAGAGAAUUUGAUCAGAAUGGAAAUACGCGAGUCAGCAGACAAGGGAAACCGCUUUUCAAUUGAGCAGGCCCGUGACGCAGAUAUAGGUCAAAAUGCUGUUCAAAGGUACAGCCUUGAGAAAAAUGAUAACUUCAUACUAGCUGUUGACAGUAACAAGGUAGAACUUGUACUGGACAAUACACUUGAUCGAGAGAAGCAAAAAGAGCUGAAUUUGCUUCUCACAGCUCUAGAUGGUGGGUCUCCUCAGAGAUCAGGUACUGUAGUCAUACAUGUCACUGUACUGGAUGCUAAUGAUAACGCCCAGUGUUCAGCCAGGCCGUUUAUGAAGCCAGUCUCCCUGAAAAUUCUCCUCCAGGUACACUAGUGAUUAACAUCAGUGCUACUGAUGCAGAUGAGGGAGUGAAUGGAGAUGUGACAUACCAAUGUGGUCACGUGUCUGACGAUGAUGUAAAUGUUUUUUCUAUUGAUCCCAAAACUG